CCCAGACAGCUGCUGUCUGGCUGGAGCGCCCUUUGAACUAUGACAAAGCCUCUUGCUUGUCCUCAGAGGUGCCCAGAGAGGGACGUGUUUCUGCAUAAACCCCCCUUACGUUGCUCCGUCCAGUUGGGAGUGCAUCCCAGCACCAGUUCCUCCCUAUAAAAGGUGGGAGGCCGGAAUGUGCUGAGGCUGCAAAAAGGCAAAUGGCUGUAGGAGGCUCCACGUGCAGCGUAAAAAGCAGCGCCACCGUCACGUGAGCAGCAGAGAGACCGUGUCCGCGCAUGCGCGAGACCUCCUUACGGUGUCGUAGCAAGCGCUCGCCUAACAAUGCCAGCCUGGGCCUUCCGUGACAGCUGCGCUUGCGCAGUGGGGCUUCCGAUGUGCGCAGGCGCACCGUGCUCCUCUUCUCUUCUCUCUCUCUCUCUCCCCUCCCCCCCCACCAUUUCUUUUUUUUACACAUGCGCAACACGCUCCCGAGUCCCAGCUCCUCAGUUGCCGGCCAAGUCGGUUCCUCUUUUCUAGUAACUUCCCCGAUUCCUGACGUCAUCAGCAGGCGCCGCGGCUGAGCCGGGCUGUUUCCGUUGAACUCUCCGAGAGUGCGAGAGCUGUGGCGGCGGCGUCGCGGAGCGAGAGAGAGAGAGGAGGCCGCGAAGCGUGAGGCGAGGAGAGGGGAGGGUCUGCCUUUCCCAGCGUCCCCCGCGCGGCUGGGCUAACGAGUCCCGGAGGCCCCUCGGCCGCCCGUCCUCCCUCUCCCCUCCCCCCCCUCCGCGCGCGCGCCAUGUCUGAGAGCGGCGAGAGCCCUCCUGGGCCGCAGAGCCCCGACGAGACCCCCGGCCCGGCCGCCUCGGCCUCGGAGCCGCGGAUCAUCAAAGUCACCGUCAAAACCCCCAAGGAGAAGGAGGAGUUCGCCGUCCCAGAGACCAGCAGCAUCCGGCAGGUGAGGCCGGGGACGGGGGGAGGGGCGUGGCCGGUACCACCGCGCGAGUGGGCGGGGGGGGGAAUGUGUGUGUGUGAGGGGGGAACCGGCGUCUCUUUUAUUUCCACGCCCGCCCCGGGAGAGGCGAAGACGGAACCCGGCCGGCGCCCCUGCGUCGUAGUCCGUUGGCGGGCGGAGCUCUUGCCUCACCGAAGGCCUCGGAGUGACUCGGCUGCGAAGGGAGCGCGUCUCUCUCGUCGCUCUUCCAGGUGCGUAUCCUCUAACGACGCCGCCGCCGCCGCCGGCGAGAGAGGCGGGCAGAUGGCUGGCAGCCCGGUUCUGGACGACGUUCUCCGUUUGCAAGCGAGGCCCGUGCGGUUCGGAGAGGCGGACUCCCGAGCAGGCGCGCGUAGGAUUGAACCGGUCGAGGAAGUCGGGGCAGGCUUGGUGGUGGCAGGCGGAGAGAGCCUGGCUGGGGAAGCCCCGGAGAUGCGGUGGCUUUGUCUGGGAGGGGAACACAAAGGAGCCAGGCAGAUCGGCGAGGCGGGAAGGCGGGCAAGCGACCAGCCGGUUUUAAAGUGUGAAACGGGAACCUCAGGGAAAAUGUGGACUCUACAAACGUAGAAGCUUCUCUAGUACUUUGGUGUAACACUGCUAUAUAGAACACAAAAGUACAAGCUGCGCCUAGGAGGUUAAAUGUGGUAGAGGAUAUUGUGCCUGUAUAUGGCUUCUAUGCUGUUCCUUACAUGACGGUACUUUCUGACAGAUUUUAAGUGGUCCUCUGUAUCUUUUCAUUACUUGAUACUUAAAACUAGCACUACAGUUAUGUUUUUCUGAUUGUAUACAGUAUUCUAUGUAUAUGUACUACUGAAAAAUCAGUGUGUCAUUAUACUUGAAUAUGGUAGCUGCCGAGUCAUCUGCAUGACUACUUCAGUGCUUUGAAUUCGUUUCUUCUCAGCCUUUAAUGUCUUGGACGAGUCAUAUUAACUAGGCCUGGUCAUUUGGUAACAAAAGGCUACUGUAAAAUUUUAAGAUUCUAAACAUACUAGCUCAAAGACAAACUUCAGAGACUAGAAGAUAUGUGCUAGCAAGAUCUAUAUUGUGUGGAUAAGUAUCCAAUCCUUUGAUCAUGCAAAUGAUGAGACUCCUAAUCACAUUGUCAUUUGAAUGUGCUAAAGACAUUGUAUAGUAUGUAUCUGAAAUCUUAAUUUUUUACAGGUGUGAGAAGACUUUCUCAAACUGACACUUGGUAGUAGAGUGGCUACCUUUGUCUAGGGUUCUUCCACCUUGAUUACAGUCUAGCUCAUAGAGCAAGAAUAUGCCAUUGGGAUGACACUAAUUUGCUACCAAACAAUAAUAACAGUUACACCAGUCAGUUCUGGUCAUUUCAUUCAGUUUAUUAAAACACUGCAGUUGCUUCUAGGAAUAGACCAUUUAAUAUUUAAAAACAAUGCAGGUACCUCUGUUCUCUCUGGAGUUGGAAUUUUUAAAUUGUAAGUAAUUGCAGUAUAGGGUCAUUUUGUGUACUCACUUGGUAGUAAAUAAAGUCCUGCAAGUCUUUAAAAAGAGCUUGUGGAUUUCAGUUUUCUUCCAUUGCUAUUAACACUGGACUCCUUGUAAUAGGUAUAAAGUGGUAAACUUUGUUUGACUCCUUGAUGUAGAAGGAAUUUAUGAACUCUUGACCACAAAUGACUUGCAUUUAUAAAUUACUUAAGUUUCCCUACUUAAAAUAUGCAGGAUGUAUAUCUUGGUUAUGGCUAUUUUAAUUAAGCUAAAACUAGUUCUACCUGAAAAACUAAGGCUUGUUAUCACAAGUACUUUGUCCAGUUUAAUAAACUCUUUACUAUUACUUUAUUUCUUGCAAGCACUUGCAAGACUUGAAUUAAUGAUACUGAAAGCCAAUUUGCAUUCAACUUGUCCUCUGAAUUCUGGCAUAUAACCCAGUUUUUGUGUAUUCUUGGGAAUCGCUUCCUUCAAUCUCCCCAUUGUAAGUAAGAACAUAUGAAGGUGCCUUGUAAAAAGUCAGAUAAUUUGUCCAUCUAUUUCAGUAUUGUCAACGCUGCCUAGCAGUGGCUCUCUAGGAUAUCGGGUCUUUUGGAGCCCUACCUUGGCAUGCAAGGAAUUGAACCUGGAACCUUCUGCAUGUAAAGCAGAUGCUCUAUUACUGAGCCAGAAUUUUAUUGCUGAGCCAGAAUCCUUCCAGCCACAAUGCACAACUGCUGCAGUUGUUUAUGGGAUAUGAACAGAUGAGCAGGGGGAGAACGUGGGGCAUCAGCAGGAAAAAUAACAUAAAAUCUAGAUCAGAGUACUUGUGAAAAACCAUGAGAAAGUUCAGCUUUGGGACACAUCUUUGAAUAAAAUCUUGAGAAAUACUUGAGAGCCGUAAUCCUGUUAUUCCAGGUUUUCAGUUGCUGUACACCUUGGGGUACUGUUCCGGUUUCAGCUAUCUUUUAAAUUAUGAUGGCUACAAUUUCUGUGUAAUCAGGAUCCUUAGUUCAUGUAUAAUUGGAGAUACAUUUGAUACAUUUUGCCUAUAAUUUCAGCGCCCUUUGAUAUUGCCACGACUAGCUCGAGAAAGGUUAUGUUGAUUUAUCUAAAAACAGUUCUUAAAAAUGUGUCUUACUCAGUUCAUGCAGAAAAGGUGACGUCACCAAUCAAUAGAUUAGAUAGUUACUUAGAUGAAAUUUGCUAGUGUAUUUUGGAGAUGAGCUUGUGUUACGCCUAUGAACCAAAUCCACCAAUAUUCAGGUUGCCUGGUUAGCCUGUACAAGGAACAACCAUUUUGUACACUACCAAGGCCUGCACAACUGCCAACACGGGCACUGCUUUCUGCCCUGGAAGGGUGCAGAACCGGCUUAUGUCCAACCGCUGACAUGCACAAACAGAGAGUUGCCUGUAGUAUUGUUAGCUUCCAUUCAGAAAACCCAAACUGUAGUCACAAUACAGUCAUUUCCACAGAAAUUGAAGCAUUUCUUCUUUUCUUAACCUGUGAAGACAGGUGUAAGUUACUGGAAAAUUGAUGGUCCUGAGAUCUGUCUGUGGUUGCAAAAUCACAAGCCCAUAGGAAUCCACAAAUAAAGCAUGGUGUAAUUGGCCACAAUGUAGCAUGGUCAGUGUUUUCCUUGCUUCCACAGUAUGGUGCAAUGCAUUGCAUGUUGAUGGGGGUGGACCUUUUUGCUGUUUGAUGUGGUGUAGGUAGGACUCCUAAUAAAGCCAUACAGUACUACCUUCAGCAAAAAUCUAAUUCAUGUUCCUGGACCAAUAGAAUUGUGUGCUGUGAUGAUGGCAAGGCUAGGGCCAAAGUUAGAUUCCAUUUUCUUCAAGAAAAUUCUAUUUUUUAUUGGCGGGAAAAGGACAAUCAUGAUUUCCGCGAGUUGUAACUUUUCACAUCCAGCUAAGCAAAAUUAUAGUAAAGAACAAGUGAUUUCAGUCUCCACUGGAUGAUUCAAAGCUAAAAACUUUGUUUGAACAAAGACCGGUAUGCUUGGGUUGCAAUAGUAGGUGUCCUUGGCAACAUUGGUAUAAUCCUGAUCUACUAAUAGUAAUCCUAACCACUAGACCUGCUGUCUGAGUGUAAUAUAGGGCAAUUGCAACCAGAAAAAUCAUCUGAUGCUUUAGAGAGUGAUCUAAUUAAGCAUGUUUGCUUUAUUUUAUAUAUAGCAAAUAAAAGUAUCUUGUGUUCAUUUUUUUUGUCCCAGUACCACUGUACUUUUCCAGGACAGUUUCUACAUGUUAUUAAAUGUUUCCACAUUCUUGUUUCAUUGUUUGCAGACUCCUUCCAAUAAUAUUUACAUCUAUUUAUUUUUUAAUUUUUUUAUACUGCUGUUUACCUUCAGAUGUCAGGGCAGUUCACAACAUAGCUUCCCUUCUCAGUGGCUUCAUUAUGAUGAUGCCAAAUACUAGGUUUUUUCCUAGUUCAACAUUGUUAUGACUCAGUAACCAGAUGCACCACCAAAAAAAAAAAAGAGAGAGGGGAAAAAAGAUUUUAUGCAAGCAUUUUCAUCUUCUCCAGCUCAAAAAAAGAAAUUAUAUAAUGCUCAGGAAUUUGUGCCUUCACUGAAAGUGAAAUUAAAAUGAAUCUCCAUUUUACUUUCACUUUCACUAGCAGUCUGAGGCUAAAUAAGACUGGUUUGAUUUAACCUGCAUAGCCAGUGAGGUGGUUUCAGUUAAUUACUUGAUUUAUUUAAGGAUGAUAAAAUCUGUCUUUAAAUACGUUAAAGGAGAUAGGACAGCGGUAAAUAAAUAAAAACAAUAAUAAAUAGUCGCAAAUGUAGAAUAAUUAAAAACCAGAACAAUACAUAAUCAUUCAUAGCGAAGUAUUCUAAAAUUAUACAUUUGUUGUUUCAGUGUUCUUUCAAAUACAAAUCAGUGGCAUAUAUGUAUUAUUUCACAUUAAAGUUUUGAAGCUGUUAGCCUUGCCUAAUGUUAUCCUUGCAUUUGGCAUUCAUUCAUUUUUACUAACGAAUUUAUGGACCAGUUUCCACACCACACCACUGGGCCUGAAGUUGGGCUGGACAGCCUUGGAUGUGCUUGAUCCACAGCCCAUCUCUUCUUCCAAGAUUGGACCUGUUAACUAUGCCAACCUGGAAGUAGCAUGCAUAUUGGUUUUGUUAGGCAAUGGGGGUUAAAAGGGGGGGGCACACUGGGAAGUAUCCCACUAAGUCAUACCCAGAGUAGACCCAUUGGAAUUAAUGGACCAAAUUUAGUGAUGUCCAUUGAUUUCAAUAGGUUGUAUCCAGCACAGUUCUGCUGGCACAAGCAGUUUUAGCUGUGCAACUAAACUUCCCUUCCCUGUCCUCUCCCCAUGCACUCCCUAAAUAUGUUCUGGAGAACAACAGCAGCAAUUCCUCCAACUGUCUGAAGCAGUUUUGGGGGAGGGAAGUCCAUCAUGUGCCAUAUCAUAUUAAAGUCUAUGAAGUUCUAAAGAGAUUGAUUCUUUUAGUUUUGAAAUAUCUAAAAUCCAGACUGAGCUUUUAAGGUUUUUGUGUAGUCCAGCAAGGCCAAAAAUGUCAUUUUUUGAAAUUUUAAACCCUCAUAACUCAAAAACUGGAUGAGAUAAAAAAGUUAAAAACAGAGACCUGGGGCCUUCUCUUAUACUACUUUUAGGAAACUGAAACUGAAAGCAAUAUAAAAUGGUGAGGUAGAAGUCCCUGGAUCACUUGACAUGGAAUGACCCAUUGAAAAGCCCCCAGUUACUGUAGAGUUUGCUCAGUCUCUAACCUCGCUGCCAAAUCUGAAAGAGAAUUAAAUGAAUAGUGAUUUUCUGGAAACCGAAUUCUACAGCUGAUAACAGACUUGCGGCGAUCUACUGUAGUAAUCUGUUUCUGUACAUUCCCAUUGAUAUGUAUAAACCAUUUCUUAAGUAUUUUGCAGCAAUAACUUAUAGCUAAUGUGGUGUUAUCUUUAAAUAUAUAUGGAGAGAAAAUGUCAGUAAAAUUAUUCCACACUCAGGGUGAAAUCCAGUGUACUUUUAAGGCUAUUGCUCCAACAGUACAAUAAUUUCUGCUUGUACAAUUGGAAUUUUCUCCACUCCCCCAAACACCCUCCUCCGGUCUUUUCUAAGAUUUCCUUCAACCCUGGAUUAAUGUUGGAUGUGUUAUCUCCUUAAUGUAUGUGUGCAUACUUCUAAUACUACAUAUCUUAUCUUUAAAAGACAUCUGAAGGCAGCCCUGUUUAGGGAAAUUUUUAAUAUUUAGUGCUGUACUGUUUUUAACACUUGAUUGGGAGCCGCCCAGAAUGGCUGAGGAGACUCAGCCAGAUGGGCAGGGUAUAAAUAAAUUAUUAUUAUUAUUACUACUACUACUACUACUCUGGUACACUGGUAAUGCUUAGAAGAAGUGUAUUAAAUAAAUUAAUCCUGAGAAUGAAAUUAUGCACUCUUUUCCAGUUCAAGGAAGAAAUCUCGAAGCGUUUUAAAGCUCACACUGACCAACUUGUGUUGAUAUUUGCUGGAAAAAUUUUAAAAGAUCAAGAUACGUUGACCCAGCAUGGGAUCCAUGAUGGGCUUACCGUUCACCUUGUCAUCAAAACACAAAACAGGUAGGCUGGGGGGUAUUGUCUCCUGUUCAGUUAUUCGUGGUUGCUUGCAUCUGUGACAGUCUUGGUCAAGUUGAAUUGCUUCAGAAUUGUGUUUAAUUAAAACCAAUAGAACAAAACAAAGCCAGUAAAAGGCUGCAAAUGGCAAAGGUAUCUUUAUGUAUCUUAUAUCUGUGUGUGCUUCCUGUGUAGUCUGAACUCUUGGCAGUUUGUGUAAAAUUUCCGGGUGCAUUUGGCUCUUCCUGCAGAAGUCAUGCUUUCUCACCACUCAUGUCCCAUUGUAGAACUGAAGGGGUUGGUCAGUCUCAGUCUCUCUAUCUGCCAAGUUGUUUAUGUUACUUUUGGAGUGAAAGUGUGAUGAAGAAUAGGCAGAUUCCAGAGAAACUGGGCAAAAUACAACAGUUCACAAGCAGACAACAUUGGAUAAGCCUUCAAAAUCCGUCAGCCAGGUGCAAAAUGCGCCUAUUGGCCACUUGCAACCAAGUGAAGAUACCUGGCACUAGGAUGGCACCUGUCAUCUUCACCAUCUGGAGGUGUCUGCCUGGGGAUCCUUGGAUCUUCACUCUUUUCACACACUAGCAACACAUCCUGUAGAAUUCUAUUCGUUAUAUUUUAUCUGCACAAUCAGAAACUGAACAGAAUUGUUCUUGCCAAUAAGUGCAAGAACGUAGUCUUGUUAACUCUAAGUUCUUGCACUUAACUGACAAAUUUUAAUAAGCUACCAUGUCCAGAUGGUAUCAUAAUCUGUUUGAGUUCACACGGACAAAACUUGACCUGCAAGUUUCUCCUAAAAUUUGCUUCUGUAACACAUUACUGGAAAAUAGCCAUUGAAACACUGAUCUUUAGAAGCAGAUCAAGGAAGCAACAGUCCAGUUAGUUUUGUAUCAGCACUGAGUAAAUUGGUGGAAAGAAUUAUUAACGGUUCAUUUUUAGACACACAGAUGAACACGGUUUGCUAUGGAAGAAUCAGCAUGGUUUGUCCAGAGGGAAAUCCUCGUUCAGCAUGCAUUUGGAGCUCUUUGAAAGUGUCAGAAAACAUGUAGUUAAGCGUGAUCCUGCAGACUUUAUUUAUUUGGCUUUCUAGAAGAUGUGAUGAUGGCCACUAGCAUAGAUGGCUUUAAAAAGGGAUGAUGUAUAGCUAUUGACAGCUGUUAGUAAUGAUGCCUAUAUGAAACCUCUGGAUUUGCUGGAGAGAGGCAGUGGGAGAGAACUUGCUUUCUUGUCUUUAUUGUAGACCUCCUAGAAGCAUCUGGUUAGCUAGUGUGGGAAAACAGGAUGCUAGAGUGACCCUUUGGACUGAUCCAGCAGAGUUCUUAUGAUCACGAAUGGCCAGGAUUUCAGCAACAUUAAGAGCUACUUUCCACAUUUCGCCCCAACACGAGCACUUAAUAUUGUGUUGGAAAGAUUGUGUACCUUGGAAGGGAUUAAGACUACAGGAGUGCCACUUGUAGUGACAUCCUGUUACCAUCAUCUGCAUCAUUAGGAGAUGUGCUUGUAAUAAAUAGCACAAAAUCACUAUAUGCAUCAUUUGUACUUUCCCCCAAUACAGUUGGUCAUAUUUAUGUAGGAAAAAAUAAUUUAUAAAGUCUGGUGUCACACAAGUGGAAGCCCACUUGCACAACAAUAUUUAUUCUUCCUUUCUCCAGCCCCGCCCACCUUUUCACAGAAAUUGAGUCUACUUGUUUGUGGACACAAUUGGGCAAGACCCUUUCCUCUUCUCACAUGGUGGAGGAGGAGGAGAGGGAAGGGGAACAUACAAACCCAAAGCUGGCUGUGGUUCAUUCACUAUCAUUUAAAACAUAGCUAGGGUCAUCUGAACUAGGCCUUUAAAACCCACACAAGGAUUCACCAGUCUCUUGUUGGCAUCCAUCCGUCUCAAGAGACAGUGGACGAGUCAAACCGUUGGAGAGUUCCAGCACUUGCUUUGGUUCUUAAGACACAAGUUUUUCUCUGUCCUUCCUACCAACACUUAAUGGUCACACAACUCAGCCUUGUAAUUAAAUAACACAUACUUCCUUUGAUAUGUAAAAUAUUUUGCAUUCAUUAGGCUGAUUGAAAGCCAAUUUUAUGCAAAUGCAUCCAAUAAGCCUGGUAAAUAUUUAGAACUGGAGUGUCAGACAAAUGCAGUUCUGUGAGUCAGCUCGACUCACAACGAGAUAUUUGACUAUCAGGAAGCAUUUGUGUUUGAAAGAUUACUGGCCCAAGAGUAGCAUCAAGACAGACUGGCUUCUAAAUUCAUGAAUCUAGGGAAGAACUGCAAGCAGCCCAAGCUGUUUCAUGUUGGACAUGAGUUAGCCGAGAAAAAAUGCCUCUGCCGUUUCAAGAAGCAGAUCUGGGCUUUGAGGAAUUUUCAUUUUCCACAUGGAAAGAAUCAGGAGCCUGGUAUAUAUUCCAUUUUGUGUUUACUGCCUUUUAAAAGCUUUGCUGUGUCUGUAUGAGAAAUGAGCCCCAGGAGCAAGAAUCCUUCUCGAAUAUUUUUCUUAGCAGGCUGACUAGACAGCAAUCCUUUCCUGCUGUUGCAUCAUGUCACAGCUAUUCCAACAAUUGUAAUACUAAUUAAUUAAGCAAUGAGCUGCAGCAAACAUUGCAUGUACUCAGAGUAGACCCAUUGAAAUUAUUAGAUAAGGCUAACUUAGGUCUCUUAAUUUUAUCAGGUCUACUCUGAGUAGGACACAACAAAUUAGUCUUAUAGCUUGGAAACUUGCCACAUAAUUUUGCUUGUAAGUUGAAUAGUGUUUUGAUGCAAUAGCACCACCAUUCCCUGCAUGUUGAGGAAAGUGGCUAAUUGAAGUGCUAGAUUUCCUUUGCCAGUGUUGAUUUCACAAUCAUCCUUUAGUUUCUCUAGCUAAAUUUGAAUGGUUAAGUUAUUUUUUCCCCUGCUGUCACUAAGCCAGAUUGUAUCAAAAAGAGAAAGCCAGGUAAUCCAAUAAUGAAAAGAGAAUAUUGGAGCUAGUUAGCAUGUAACUUUGAGUUUGGUAACAAUGACUUUUCAACUAGCUUGUGAAAUAGUGCAGAUGAUUACGUGAAUGCAAAUACUAUUUGUCUUCCAGCCCUGUACCUCUGAUAAACGUUACAGAGACCUGGCAAGCAGCCUAUUCAGUAGGAGCUGAUCUAAGUUUUUAGUGCUCUUGCUUUCAUCUUUCUUUUUCUGGCCAGUAUAUGCUACUUGCAUAUAAAAGUAGGAGGCCUUUAAUACAAUAACUACAGACUACAGAUGCCUGUUGAACUAAUAAUAAAUAAUAAUAAUAAAAAAUUUUAUUUAUAUCCUGCCCUCUCCAGCCGAAGCCGGGCUCAGGGCGGCUAACAACAAUAAAAUAAUACAACAUUCUAAAAUCAUUUCAUUAUAAAAUUAAUUCAAAUCAAAUUGAUGGCAACCAUUGGGCUAGAGUUCUGUGAAGAUUGCCAAAGGAGGGAGUCAGGCUGUGCCCUGGCCAAAGGCCUGGUGGAACAACUCUGUCUUGCAGGCCCUGCGGAAAGAUGUCAGGUCCUGCAGGGCCCUAGUCUCUUGUGACAGAGUGUUACACCAGAUUGGAGCCACAGCCGAAAAAGCCCUGGCUCUAGUUGAUAUAUUCUAACUGAUAAAUUCUCAUUUAACCACGGGUUAUUAAGAGCUGGUAAUGGGUUGGUGCAAAGGUUUACAACCCUUUUUAGUCCAUGGCUCCCUUGACCAACUACAUUCUUUCUGCAGAACCCCCGUGGGGCUCAGGAGCCCAGUUAUGUCACCCCUUGCCUGCAGACCUGGCAGCCUCUCACCCUUUUUUGAACACCCUCCCUUGUGGAGUGUUCCCUCUGCCUCCUCUCUCCUCUUCUUGGGAGUCCUCUGGGCAGCCGCUCUUAGCUGCACCCCUCUGCCCCAAAGAAAGGUGCCAUCACACACUGCCCCACAGGAGCCUGGGAAGAGGUUGCCCUCCAGCCUUAGUGACCCAGCGAAGACUGGCCAAAAGUGGAUGUAAGGCCAGCACCUUACCUUGGGAGGCAGCAGCGGAUGCUGCCAGGCCUGCAUGGCGGAAAGGCUCUCCUUCAGCUCCGGGCACUCAGCUCCCAGGCCUUGCAGACAGUAAGCACAAGAAAGUCCAGCGUGGCCACGCCUGCCCGCCCAUCAAGCCUUCCACUUGCCCAUCCAUUCCCAAAAACAAGGGCUGACGGAAUGGCUGGCUGGGCUCCCUUGCCCACAUGCUUGCUUACUCCAAGGCUGCCUCAGCUCCUGGUAACCAGCACCCCCUGGCCAGCCCAGAGGCACCAUUCGCCUGCUGAGCUUGAGGCCAGGGCUGCUGCAACAAAAAGCUGUGCAAGACUUUGGGAGGCAGAGACACGAGAAGGCAUCAGAGGAGGGAAGGAAGGAAAGGGGGACAGAGGCCAGUGUUGCCUGUGGCACCCCUGACCAUCAUUUAAGGCACCCUAGGGUGCCAUGGCACACUGGUUGAAAACCACUGGGUUGGUGUGUCAUGUGCUGUACACCAAUAGUCAUUAACUUUUUCAGACCAAGGGCUUCUCUUUAUCAGCACCAGACUGUAUACUCUUACACAUUGAAAUAAAGCUACUAAGUAUAUUCCUCUCUGUAGUAGGACCACAUGCAAACAAUGGAAUCUUCUCCGUGCAAUGAUCAAAAGUAAACUAGCUGUAGUCUCCUUUGCAUAUGGCUACCUUAUCCCCGUUUGUUUUUGCCUUCACUUUCAUCUUAAGGAAAAACCCUAACAGCGAACAAAAUGUUGGUGGUACUUAACUCGUGUGACUUGUUUUAGGUUGGAAUACAACCUACAUAUUGGUCCUGACCCACUUGCUGAAGACCAGCCUACUACUAGAAGACACUUUACCAUAUAAUUUCCUCAUUUGUAGUGCACUUCUUCUCCCGUGAUAGGCAAAAAAUAGAGCCCUGCGUUUAAUUUUAUGUUCAGGAAAUAGUAUUGAAGUGAUCUAUUAAAAUAUGAAUGAAUAGUUCUGGUUUAAUAGUUUGUGUUUAACAUAACUGUAAAAUGAGAGGAUUGAAUUGCUAGAUAUUUGUAAACUGGCCUUUCCAAUAAUCUUUUUGUUUUGAAUCUCCUUUAAAUUUCCUCAUUUGUUGAAGUGUUCUUGUUCUGUAUGUCUUUAGAUCACAUGACAAUUCAGCUCAGCAAACAACUACUGCAGGGAGUACUGCUACCACAACAGCAUCCACCAGUAGUUCUACAAAUUCAACAAACACCAGCCCUUUUGGUUUGGGUAAGGCUCCAUAGUGUUCUACAGCUUCUUGAAUAAGAAUGCUGCUUUUCCUAAUGUAGUUCGGUUGUUUCAAUCGUACAAAUAACUUUUUCAAACAUAUUUAUCUUGCUGUAGCUAUAUUUUUCAAGUAAAAUUUAUAUUUGUAUGUUUUAUAGAAGCUGUUUCUUACUAGUUUUUAGUGAGUAGCCGUGAGACUGAACUGUUCUAUAUGUCUUUUCUCACCUUUAAAUAAGGAGCUGUCGAAAAAUCUGCUGGGUAGCUUAAGAGAAUAAGAAGAUGGGUGUUUUCCAAUUGAGCUCUAGCUGGAUAUGAUUAUACUGCUGGAUUACUAGAUACAUGUGUUCUCUUGAGCGAACAGAUGUGUGUAGUCCUAGGAAUAAAUGGUUCUAGGUUCCUGGAGUCUGUAGUGAAAUCCAGUGGUAUCUACCAAAGGAUCAAACACUGCAAGUGGAAGAGAGUUCCUCUCUUAAUGCCGUCCCCAGAAGGUCUUCUGGGGUGUUUGUUUUUCUUUCUUCUUGUUAAAAGUCACAAAUAAAUAUAAACAACAAUAAACAGGUUCAGAGUGCACAGGAGAUUAGAGAGGAAUGAGAAACCCUAUUGUACGAGUGGAGGUCUGAUUGCACAACAUUGGAGGUGUGCAUACAAGUGUACAUGUUUCAAGCUGUACUUUUCCAGACAGUCAAUGGAAUGGCCCUAGGCCCGGGGAGAGCUUGCUACUGUGUUCCUGCUUUCCUUCUGCGCACAUUCUGCAGGACAUACUGUGCGAACAGGACUAGUGAAUAUCAGGUUUCAAUAAAAGGUGUUAGUUUUUUGAGUUGUCAAGACAACUGUAAAGCACUAAUUAAUAGUACUGAAUGGCCCAGUGUAGCUUUUUCACUGAAUAAAGGAAAACAAAUGAUAAACUGUACAUCUUCUCACAAGUAGAAGGAGGAUCUAAUUAGCAGUUCAAAAUAUCAGUGGUAAACUGCUUUUAAUACAGUUUAGGGUCAGAUUAGUUAUUACCAAGUUAUUCUAGGCAUCAAUAUACCAAUGCCCCAAAUCUGAGUACUAAAAUCAGAGUAUGUUUGGAAUAAAUUGUAUAAUAUUUAGCCGUUUUGUACAAUCCACCUUGAUUUACUUCAUUGCCAAAGUAUGUUCAGUGCUGUGUGAAAGAAUUGGUGCUAUGAGUUCUUAACAUGUAAUUAAUGUAGGUGGGAGAAAACUUUGGUGCAAAUGUUUGGCUUCAUUCAGUUAGUUUGAGAUGUUCUGUUUGAUAACGGAUAGAGUGUAUUGAAUGUCCAAGAAAAGAUAGAAGUUAAAACAGGAAUUUUGUGGAGGGAGAGAGAGCUCCACUAGAAGUUUUUUCAAUAUUUAACCCUUCAAGAGAUACAUUCUGAAUCAAAAGGAUUGGAGCUUGCUUUUUAAAACUAACAGAAUAUGCCUUUUUAUAUAUUUGAAUAUUGAGAGAAGAUUAAGAACAGCAACUCCUUUUCUUCAUGUAAAACUGAACAAACAAGUGUGUUGUAUUGAAUAUUGUAACCCUAGAUAAAAUGUGGGUAAAAGCAAAUUGCUGUCACAAUAAAAUUAGGGAGGGGAAGAGAAUCCUUAUUUAUUUUUAUUACAUUUCUAUCCUUGUUUCCUUUUGUGAAACUCAAGGCAUACAUGGCGUUUCCAUGCAGUCACUGACCAAGACCUAGGCUAGCUUCAGCAAAAUUGCUGCAUCGUGGGUAUACAGACCAGGCUGCAGGGGACCUAUGCAAAACUUCCGCUCUCCAGAAUUAGUUCUGAUAAAAAAAAACUUCUGGUAGAUAACAUUUAUAGGGUGUUAUUGAAAUAUUCAGAUACUUAGAAUGCAGUCAGUUUUAUCAGUGUCCUAGUCCUUAUUUUCAGUAGACUUAUUACUGUAUUUUUUGCUCUAUAAGACUCACUUUUUCCCUCCUAAAAAGUAAGGGGAAAUGUGUGUGCGUCUUAUGGAGCAAAUGCAGGCUGCGCAGCUAUCCCAGAAGCCAGAACAGCAAGAGAGAUCACUGCUUUCGCUGCGCAACGAUCCCUCUUGCUGUUCUGGCUUCUGAGAUUCAGAAUAUUUUUUUUCUUGUUUUCCUCCUCCAAAAACUAGGUGCGUCUUGUGGUCUGGUGCGUCUUAUAGAGCGAAAAAUACAGUAGUUAGCCAAUACUUCAUAAUACAAGUUGUCAAUCAGUUGAAUAUGAAAACUAACACGGAGAUAGAGUAUUUUGGGGGUGUUGCUGCUAGAAAAUGGUUUCUGUUGUUUUAUGAUACAAGAAACAUUUGCACAAAUAGAAACUGAUCUAAGAACAUGUUUAGAAAGUGCAUUUUCUUCUUUCUCUCCCCCCACCCCCAAGGUGGUCUUGGAGGACUUGCAAGCCUGAGUAGCCUAGGCCUGAACACAUCAAACUUCUCAGAAUUACAGAGUCAAAUGCAACGACAGCUCAUGUCCAAUCCAGAGAUGAUGGUUCAGAUUAUGGAGAAUCCCUUUGUUCAGAGCAUGCUUUCAAAUCCAGACCUAAUGCGACAGUUAAUUAUGGCUAAUCCUCAGAUGCAGCAGUUGAUACAGCGAAAUCCAGAGAUCAGCCAUAUGCUUAAUAAUCCAGAUAUAAUGAGACAGGUAUGUGAAUAGUUGAUCUAUAAAGAAGGUGUUUGCAGUUUGUAUACUGAUACAUCUCUACACACUACAAAUCCUGUGACAUGUUAAACUGCUGAAACAUUUGCUAAGAGUGUUUUUCUUGUUUUUGCUACUUUCCCAAAUUAAAAACUUACUUCAAUUGACUUUUCAAACCAUUUAGCCCAGUAAUGUCAACUAUGGCUGGUUGUGACUCUCCCAAGUUCUUAGGCAGAGGCAUUUUCCAGGUCUGCGUACCUGAGAUCCUUUAAUUGGAUUUGCCACAGAUUGAACCUGGAAACUCAUGUGCUCUGCCAUUGAACUAAACAGGUUAAGGCCCAGCACCAUUCAUCCUGACCAUGUUGGAUGAUCAUCCAUGAAUUCCUAAACAAUAUUGCCAUGAAUGUGCACUCCUCCAUCUCCCCUGCUAAUAUUCUUAACUUCUUUAUCGACUUUAAGAGAGAGUUGUCCACUUCAGACAUAGUGGAGUACCCUGGCUUAAUGCAAGGUAGUGUCUGCUCUGCUAGUAUGUGGCAAAAAGAAGGAAUGUAAAGUGCCAAACUUGAGGUAGCGCCUGUUAUAUUUUAACUACACUGUAUACCUAGCGGUUCGAAAGCACGUCAAAGUGCAAGUGGAUAAAUAGGUACCGCUCCGGCGGGAAGGUAAAUGGCGUUUCCGUGUGCUGCUCUGGUUCGCCAGAAGCGGCUUAGUCAUGCUGGCCACAUGACCCGAAAGCUGUACGCCGGCUCCCUCGGCCAGUAAAGCAAGAUGAGCGCCGCAACCCCAGAGUCCGCAACUGGACCUGAUGGUCAGGGGUCCCUUUACCUUUACUUUUACCUUUACCUUUAUAUUCAGCAAUCAGAAGAGCCACACAGCCAAUUCCAUGCAUCCAGGGGAGCUUUGGACUUAGUUUUGCUCAAAUACUUUUGAAACUGACUAAUUAAAAAAGAAAAGAAAAGCUUAAUACCAGCUGGGUUGUAAACAUUUCUUUAAAAAUAUGUCCACUCUACAUUUGCAAGCCUCUGAGCACCCCUAAAGUAGCUCAUUGGACCCCAGUCUUAGACCUUUAAGAAUAGUUGUAUUUCUAAUGUGAACUAUUUUAUUUCCCAGACUUUAGAACUUGCUAGAAACCCUGCAAUGAUGCAAGAAAUGAUGAGAAACCAGGACCGUGCCUUGAGCAACCUUGAAAGUAUACCUGGUGGUUAUAAUGCUUUGCGACGCAUGUAUACAGACAUUCAGGAGCCAAUGCUCAAUGCAGCACAAGAGCAGGUGAGGAGGACUGGUGGUGAGGGCCCAAGCUGAGUUAAAGUGUUUUACCUCAGGUACAAAUAAGGAUUUGUCCCUGCUUGGAUUCUUUUUUCUUUAACCUUUGUUUCAUUCAGAGCUGCUGCCAAAAACAGCAACCACGUGUUGAGUGCUCUUCCCACUUCCUGUAAUAUUUCAGUACAUUUGACCUUUGCCAUUUCCCUGCCAGCCACAGUCAGUGAUGUGGACUGGGGAUGGGAGAGCAUAAGACAUGGUUUAUUUAUCUGUUAAAUUUAUACCCCAGCCUUCCUCUCAAAGGAGUCCUGGGUGACCAACGUAUGAUAAAAAGUUAAAAAUAAAAUUAAGCAGCUUCACGACACAGCUAACAGUGUCUAAAUGUUAUAUAUGAUGGGGGAGAAUGAUCACAAGGCUGCUGUUUUUCAGCUACAGCCCAAUAGUUCUGGCCUAAGGUGAAGAAAUGGUUCAGCUUUAAAUCUGUCAUUUUAUUUCCUUGGUGCUUCAACAGCUUUGGAGUACAGUGGUGCCUCGCAAGACAAAAUUAAUCCGUUCCGCGAGUCUCUUCGUCUAGCGGUUUUUUCGUCUUGCGAAGCAACCCUAUUAGCGGCUUAGCGGAUUAGCGCUAUUAGCGGUUUAGCGGCUAUUAAAGGCUUAGCGGCUAAAGGCUAUGCGGCUAGCGACUUAGAAAAGGGGGAGCGAAAAAAGUCUCAAGACUCGCAAGACAUUUUCGUCUUGCGAAGCAAGCCCAUAGGGAAAUUCGUCCUGUGAAGCGCAUUGAAAAACGGAAAACCCUUUCGUCUAGCGGGUUUUCUGUCUUGCGAGGCAUUCGUCUUGCGGGGCACCACUGUAUAACAUUCUGCUUUAAAAAAAUGAUGGUGGUUCACUUAAGUUACAUCAGAUCAUGGGUCAGACUAAAAGUCUGUCUAGUCCAGCCUUGUGUUCUCACUGUGGUCAAGCAGGUAUUCGUAGGAAGCUUGCAAGCAGGGGAUGAGUGCAGCAGCACUCUCCCACGUGUGUUCUCCAGUAACUGGCACUCACAGGCCGACUCCCUCUGACAGUGGGGGUGGCAAGUAACCAUCACGGCUAGUAAUGAUAGCCUUAUUUUCCGUAUACUUGUCUAAUCUCCUUUUAAAGCCAUCCAAGCUGAUGGUCAUUACUAUAUCUUGUGAGACUGAAUUCUAUAGCUUAACUCUGCGCUGUGAAUCUCUGGAUGGCCAGAAUCUUUCAACUUUCAGCUUCGUUGGAUGGCCUUCAUUGGAAGUACUCGAAAAUGACUAAAAACGUUGCUGAAUGUUUUGCCUUCAGAUACAUGCCCUGCUCCUCAGUUGCUUGUUCAUAUGGUGUAAUGUGCUCCAUCUGGACAACAUCUGGGGACUACAGGUUUCCCAUCUGUAACUUAAACUGCACCAGGCAAGGAAGUGUCCCAAAUUAGUUUUGAAAGGUAGCUCAUAGUAGGACUCUAAAACAAGAAGAAAACUCAUUACAGGCCUUAUUGGCUGCUUAUGGUGUGCUGUAGGAACUAUAAAAUAAUGGGACCGCUAAUCUUGACCAUGGCCACUACAAAAUCUUGCACUGUGGUCUUGAGCAAGCUGUUGGCAACUCUUCCAAGGACCACAGUUCUUUAACAAGCAGCAAAGCAGUGCAGUCAUGGUCAUGCACCUAAGUGUGUAUUCAGGGACUGCUCCAAAGCAAGUUCUGUUGAAUAAGAAUGCCUCUCCUUAAUCCUGUUUAUCCAUAAGCACUUUUCUUUUGUAGUUUGGGGGCAACCCAUUUGCUUCAUUAGUAAGCAAUUCAUCAGGUGGAGACAGCCAGCCAUCUCGCACAGAAAACCGAGACCCAUUGCCAAAUCCUUGGGCUCCUCCGUCCACCACACAGAGCUCCCCAAACAAUAGCAGCAACAGCGGAGACAGUGGGGGAGGCAGCAGUGUUGGAAGCAGCAGCACUGGAAACACAGGGCAAAGCUCAACAAUGCCGAAUUUGGGACCAGGUCUAGGAGGUAUGUUCACUACACAGCGGUUAUAUCAGCUUCCUUGCAAAAUAGUAGCCCCCAAGGGCAUGGCUGUUAGCUCUUUUCUCAAUUCGGUUUGGACUUCAGCUUCAAUUAUGAGUUAAAUGUAACUUUUCAAGGAGUAAUGGCUACUGUCCACUACAAAGCAGCCACAAUUUGUUGGCUUUUCUUUUUGCCGUUGACUUGUGUGUCACUUUGUUAACUCACAACUGGUACCGCAUCCCUGAAUUGCUGAAAGUUGUCUCCUCCUCUUUAAAGCUGGCAUGUUCAACACACCCGGAAUGCAGAGCUUGUUGCAGCAAAUAACAGAAAACCCACAGUUGAUGCAGAACAUGUUGUCUGCCCCCUACAUGAGAAGCAUGAUGCAGUCAUUGAGCCAGAAUCCUGAUCUUGCGGCCCAGGUAAGUCCUGAAGUGCAUAAAGAUUUGGAAUGCAGUGUUGUUGCUGGUAUGGUAUCCUAUCCUGGACAUCUACAAAUAUAUUUUUCCAAGUCUCUCAUUUUAUCCAAAUUGUCAUUCUGGAAGGGCUGUAGCUCAGAGUUAGAGAGUAUGGUUCAAUCUCUCUGACAUCUCCAGGUAAGGAUAGGAAUGUCCCCUGUCUGAAGCCUUGAAAAGUGGCUGCUAGUGAACUGAGCCAGAUUGACCAAUGGUCUGAUUUGGUAUAAGGCGCUUCCUGUGUUCCAACAUACUGAUGGGAUGUUACUGGAUUAUUGGUUGUAGCUGGAGGCUGUUCCAAAGCUUUUUGUGCUCCUUGGAUAAAUUGAUGUAGACUAGCUUUGUAAACAGGAUAAACUUGUACAUAGCCAGAUCACCACCAGCAACAAAAACUUCAGCUACACUGGCUCCCAGAUUGUAGACAUGAUCCAUGUGGAUCCCACUGGUCAGUCCGUCCUGUUUUAAACCCUAUAACAUCAACACAGUUGUGCAGAUUCUCUGACUAUCCUGUGGCUGACAACUUCUGUUUCAUUGCUCCUGACUUCUGGCUGCUCUUGGGACUGCUACUACUAAUUGCCUUUUCUAGCAGGUCUAGUCAACUGGGUUUUUGUUUUUAAUCUAUUCUGCUUUUCAAGAUAACUCCUUACAAAGUAGCUUACAAAACUCAAAAGCAGUAUCGCAUCUUGCCCUGCUUGGGGGCCUUUUCUCCUGCACUUCAAACUGCAUCCUGUAGCUCAUUUUUGGUGGUUAGAUGUUUGUCUUUCUGAGGAGCCAGCAAAAUGUGCUGAAGGAUCAGGUUGGAGGGAACAAAAGCUGAACCUUGCUGGUACAUAACCCUCACCCCACCCUCUGCACCCCUGGCUCCCUUUUUGUUGUUCUUUUUCUUUGGCUGUGCUUAAUUUUGUAAAAUGCUCUCAGACACCCAUCAUUUUGAAGAGUAUGUAUGGGAAAGCCUUUAUCAGAAACCAGUUUUUCAAUACCAGGCAUGUGUGAAGCACUAGUAUCCCUACUUAUCCCUACAGAUGAUGCUGAAUAACCCUUUGUUUGCUGGGAAUCCUCAGCUUCAAGAGCAAAUGAGACAACAAAUUCCAACUUUCCUUCAACAGGUAAGCCACCUAUUAGGUUCUUAUCACAAUUCUUUCCUUAAAAUGAUUCCAUUCUUAAUCCUAAAUGGUUACAAAGGUUGCAAACCACUUUGUGGUUGCAAAGGUGUAGAACCAUCAUGCAACCACCCAAAGCAUUUUACUGGUCUCCAGGGGUUCAUGCAUUUGCACAUAUUUCUAUAACCAAUUGUUACCAAAUGAUCAUUUUGACAUGUCUGCACAUGUAUGACGCAUCACUUGUUUCUCUUAAUAGAUGCAGAACCCAGAUACGUUAUCUGCAAUGUCAAAUCCUAGAGCUAUGCAAGCUUUGCUACAGAUUCAGCAAGGUUUGCAGACUCUAGCAACAGAAGCACCAGGACUUAUACCUGGGUAAGAGUUGGCAAGAUUUUUUAUUUUCAUAGUCUGACUAUAAGUUUGCACCCAUAACAUAGAUGUACUAAGCUGCUUGCAAUUUAAGAGUUUGGCUUCUGAAUUGGUAACUAAUUUUUAGUAAGGAAUAAUUUGAGAUUCUGAUUUCAUGAAGAAUUUGAUACUUGGGUGUUCCUUAUUUGUGUUACAAAUAAAAUUCUUGUUUGGGUAAACUGAGGUACGAUUCUUACCUCUCGGGUAUAAACAACUUGAAUGUGUCUUCUAUUUUGUGCAGAUUUAACGCUGGAAUAGCUGGAUUAGGAAACUCUGGCUUAGGAAGUGCUGGACUAGGGAGCACUGGCCUUCCUACUGCAACAGCCGUGCCCACUUCCGUCCCAAAUGAAAUGACAAGUCCAGCGUCAGGAACUGGUGAAACUGGACACCAGCAGUUUGUUCAGCAGAUGUUGCAGGCUCUUGCUGGAGCCAACGCUCAGGUAACAGUGUUAUGUUUUUAUUUCUCUCCUAUUGUAUCACUAAAAUAAGCAAUCAGCAUAUACAGCUUUCAAGUCUAUUCACCGAGAAAGCUGCAAGUUUUGUUGAUGAAACAAUACCUUUUGUUUUCUAAACCACUGUCCUAUGUAAAGCGCCCUUUGCUCAAGAUUCUGCUUAAUCUUUGGGUUCUACAAGUAUCUUAGGACCCUGACUACCUCCCUGAAAGAUGUGUCCUCAUUUCCCAUGAGAUGGCUGGACUUCUUGCUGAUGAAGUCCAAGUAGCAUUGUAUUCCUUGAGUUAAAUAUAUAGGCAUAUCUGAAGUUUGGCCCCUAAAACCUCAGCUUCAGGAACUAAUUGAAAUACUUGAUAGCCCCAGUGAAAAUAUCAGUGUCAAUGUCCUCAGAAUAGGGGGGAACCUUUGAAUCCUUAUAACUUUGAACCUGUCCAUCCUUCAGCAACUGCUCCAACAUUUUUCAUUUCUGCCUGUUUAGAAAAAUAGUUAUUUGCAAAAAGACUGGCUGAAUUUAUUUUUUUCUAACUUUGGCUCCUUCUUUAGUUUUGCAUGUUGGGUAGACAUGUUUGUACAGAAAUAACACCAUUUUAUCUUUUUAUCUUUUUAGCAAUUACAAAAUCCAGAAAUCAGAUUUCAGCAGCAACUGGAGCAGCUCAGUGCAAUGGGCUUUUUGAACCGUGAAGCAAACCUACAAGCUCUAAUAGCAACAGGAGGUGAUAUCAAUGCAGCCAUUGAAAGGCUACUGGGUUCCCAACCAUCAUAGCAACAUUUCUGAAACUUGAAAAAUGUAAUUUAUUUUUGAUAACAGCUCUUAAAUCUUUAAAAUACCAGCUUUAUUUCAUUCUGACUCUUGGGAAUUGUCUUGUUCUAACUAAACCCAGUCUGAUGCAUUAAGGUGGAGUGCAGUAGUUUUCUUCGAACAGUGGGAAUCAAUGCUUUUCACUUGGUUGUUGCAUGCAUCAAACACUUCUUCAUUCUGCAUUUAUUGUGAUUUUUUUAAAAAUGGAAAUUGCUUAUACAGUUGGGUGACCAGGUUUUAUCUGACCUUCAACUGUCCAAUUUAGUUGCUUCUUAAACAUUAGCCUUUGAUAGUAAUUUAUGUAGAAUACAAAUUAAAGAGGAAACUAAUUGAAGCUAUGAUUUGUGGGUACAUAUUGCUUAUUGUGACUUGGCAUGUCUCUCUUGCUAGGAAAAUGCUGUAAGAUUUAUACCACUUGAUUUAGCUACUUUCUUGCUCUUUUGUCUCUAUAAAAAAAAUGUAUAACACGGAAACAAUAUUUUUCCAAGCAAAUCUUCAUCUCAAAGCCAGAAUAAGUGAAAGACAUGAGACACCGCCAAUGGAGUAGAAUCUUACAGCAUCUUUAGCAAGUAUCUCUUAGCAGAAGUGCUUUGGCAAAUUCUUUUAAAAUACUAGGAUUGCUGACCUGAUCUUUACAACUGUACAGAAACCUGCAUUGUAACAUUGUCUCAAAUAUUCACAAGGAUUGAUUGUAAAUUACCUUCGUCUUUGUGCAGAUUGAAGGGAAGGGGCACAGCCUUUUGCUCUGAAACUGCUUUUGCCUAAAGCUCUUUGGCUUCCCCCUUGAGAUUCUAACUUGCAUUAUGAUUUGUAAUUGGACGCAUACUUUCACUGACACUGUCAUGUGAUAUUCUAAUUACUUUUAACCACCAUGUAAAAAUACUGUAUAUCUUUUGGGUUUUUAUUGGUAGUUAUUUCUCUUGUGCACAGGUAAUAAAUGAAUUAAACUUCUUUGUGAGCAA